AUGGGUCCCAUUUUAUCACAAUUGAAUAAAGCUAACUCGCUUGGUGCCAGUCUCCUGAUGAAUGACGCCAAAUGCAUCGUUUCUACAGGCACAAAGCCUGACAGGAGCACAGGCUCCAGACCUUGCCUCGGGGGUCUUAGCACCACCGAUCAUAUUGGCAGUAGCCCCAACGCUGGCGGGACUUCCUGUGCCGGCUUCAGCCUAUCGAAUAACAGUACCCUUCUGGAUGACCCCACCUCCACGGCCAACUCGGGUCUACUUUGCACUUCAGGAACUCACAACAGUUGGCAGAUGAGUCUUCUACACCAACCUACCUCGUCUGGUGCAGGGCUGCCGCCAUUGUUGAUUCCAUCGACCAGACUUCUGUCUUCUUCUCCGGCUCCAUUGGCAUCUGCAUCGGGCCCACUUGAAGUUGGUAUUGCCAGACCGGCUUCUGCUGUUGUCAGUUGCGAUGCUUCCAGUCGUCACAGUAGCCAGGAGAAAGACGAGCUUCUUGACGCAAACUGGCCACAAUUACUUGGCACUCUUGGGGAUACCCUGCUUGCCAGUCAAGAUGUAUUAUUCUCUGGUCGGACCCAACUAGAAACCACAGCGAUGCCAGGUUGGAUCACCCGGACGGAGACAGAGGUGUCUAUAAAUGAUGGUCAGAUGUUGCCAGAGGAGGCAAAUCUUUUCCUCUUGCAUCAUUUGGCCGAUCAUAACCGAGAAGGAGAAAAAAACAAAGAAGAGGAUGAAAGCACCAAAAUGACUCGUCUGCUAGCCGGAGCUGAACUCACUACAACCCAGAUUCAAGAGCAGAUUGACCUGACCGAAGUCGACUCAUCUGCCUGUACCCCAGCUCGACUUACUACGACCAGAUCUGAAGGCGAAAGUGAUGGUGUCGGCCUUGGGUUGGCUGAUCUGGCCGCCAUAAUGCCUAGCCUGACGAACCAAAUAGCCUCAAUGCUGCUUGAGACGGGUAUAGAGACUGGAUUUUUAGAGUCGAAUUUUUCCGAGGAAUCCGUCUCUAAGCCGUUAUCAGUUGGAAAUACAGAAAUGGCGCGAAGACUGACUGGUGAGUCUGCGCUACUCCGACAGGCCUGUGUCGGGAAGGCAUCCGAAGCGGUGAAGUCUGCUGGACACCUGGGGCUAGAUGGUCUUUUCUUUGGAUGCCUAGACUCCACAGUACAGACACCUCCAGGCCUCGAGCCCAUUUCGUCCGGCCAUGAAGUCGUAUCCAAUCCGGCCGGACUGCUCAGUUUUGGCUACAAUCCAUCACUCGGUCUGAAUUCGCUCUUCCCCACCUCUUCAGCCUCGAAUUCUAUAGUUUCACCGUCCAGGCUUUCACCAAUCGCCUCGCAAGCUCAAGCAAACAAUCAACGCUGCUUCCGGCCGACGAGGCUUUUGGACAAUGGCUCAAGUGUCUGCCUUCUGGUUGGUGAGUCAGGCCCUAUCGGGGAGCUGAGUCAAUGGCCGAAAUCUGACGGUCUCAUAGAGGCAGGCGGUGCUGCAUCUGGUAUCGGCUCAGUGAUUUCUGCCAGAUCUGAAGCUGCUCUGGCUUCUGGAGAUUGUUGUCAAGCCACGGCAUAA